AUCAUUUUCACUCGUAGGAACUCUCCUUAUUCUUACGAUGAAGCUAUUGUCGUUGAACGUUACAGCAGUGAACACGACUCCUUUGAGCCAGCACUACUUAGUAUGGGUUUCACCAAAACUGAAAACAAAUCACACGUUGUAUUUCUCCCAUGUCCUUUGGGAUCAUUUUCGAAGUCUUUGGGGACAAGAAGCUGGAAGUGCGUUAAUUGUUCUCCUGGUAUGUUAUAGUUUGGACGUUUGUAAGAACCCGAUGUAGCUUAGUUCACAAUAAGAAACGGUGAAGGCGAUUAAUUUCUUGGUACAUGUGUCUAGGAAUGACCAUCUUAUGAACCUUAUCUUGCUUGUAUAUAAACAAUAUUGCCAAAGAAGUCUUUCGGGGGAGGCUUUAAUACUCAAAGUCCGCUGGGGUCGUUUUAUCUUAAGAGUCAGUAACCACACCAAUAUAUUUUGAAUAAAACCUAAAGGGCUACAAAAGUGUAGUGAAGUAAAAGCUGUCUCUACCUUAUGCAGUAAUUACCUGCUGUCUCAAUUUAUGACGCGGGUGCGAGAGAGGAUUUCAGGUUUUAGUUUAUAAAUGAAAAACAGUCUCUGUCCAAAGCAUCAACUAUUUCAAUUUAGGAAAAAUGACUUGCAAAGGAACUUUUUUUCCUCUAUCAAUGAAACUAAAAUUGAUCAAAAAUUUGACUUCGAACCAAAGUAAACGAUGAUUGUUGGUGCUGGGAGAAAAUUCCCGCAGAGGCAGCUUUGCAGAGUAGCUAUAUUAGAAGGUGAACUAUUUGUUUUCGAAAGCUCAACCUUGAAGCUGGUGGAAACUCCUUAUUCCACCAAGUUACAGGUACGUUAACGGUUUAUAUUUUUAUUUUAACAUAAAAUCAAAAUGUACUUGGAACCACUCAUUACCUCAACUGGAACUUUGACAUGUUCCUCUUUCAGGUGGUUUUUACUCCGACAUUCUUGGUUAUGUUGCAGACGGCUGUAAGAAAUGUCCAAAUGGUUCUUACGUGGCAUAUGACAAAAAACCUGGAAAAUCUGUACUGGACUGCAAGACAUGUCCUGACGGUAACAACCGAACAUGUGCUUUUUGACGUCACCAAAGGGUUUUAAGCUAUCAGUGUGUACACACGUAAUCAAAUGCUGUCUAGAAGCCUGGAAAGAAUGAAGAAAAAUGAUGAGAAUUAGAACAGCCGUAUUUAUCUUUGGAAACAAACCCAGCACGUAGGCAAGAAUCGAAUGUCGCGAAACCCUUCCCUGUGUUUGCUUCAUUGUGUAUGGUUGGUUUGAAGAUCUUUUUUUUUUCACUUAAGGGUGCUAUUUGACGCCCCAAGGUUUAUAGGUGAACCAAUCAGUUGAUCUUCCCCUCAAUCAAUAUUUGCACGAACAUCGGGUCUCAAAGCUCGGGAGAGAAUCCUUUCCACCCAGCGCUGAUAAAUAAUACGAAAACGAGGUUCAAGACUUUGAUCCUACUUUUUUUUUCAAUGAUAAUUAAAUAUGACAUCACUAGUCUAGCUGGUGUUUAGAGCUCCAGCUUCAUAUAACUGAAGGUAGGAGUGAGUAAGAUUUGAUUGAUUAAUAAUGCAAUCUUGGAUUUUUACAGGAACGGAAACCGACUUUUUCGCUGGACAUCGUGCUUGUCCCUGCUUGGAAGGCCAUUACAGAACUCAUCUCUUCGACAAGUGUCUUACAUGUGGCCGAAGCGGGCUGCUAUGCCAAGAUGAGUACGCCUCACUAAAACCUGGCUUUUGGUGGCAAUGGCGGAACGAGUCCUAUAAACAUCGCUAUGAAUAUUUCAUGAAAAAUCUCGCCCGGGAACUACCUGCAUUGGAUGAUUUGUCAGUGCAGUAUCCUUAUGCAAUACCAACACCAUACAGAUGUCAGGUAGAAGAGUCUUGCAAAGGUGGUUUGGACUCACCAUGCGGAGAAGGCUAUCAAGGUCCGCUUUGCGCUGUAUGUAAUCCAGGGUACCACAAACAAUUUCACUCUUGCGAAAAAUGUCCUUCACGGGCUUGGAUUGUAGGACAACUCUCUCUCAUUGCUGCUAUUAUAGCGAUAUUUUUGACCCUUAUAGUUUGGAGAAAGAAAAAUAAUCUUUCAAAGGACCGGGGACUCUCUUGUUUUGACAAUUUGUUGUCAAAGCUUAAGAUCUUGAUUGGUUUUUAUCAAGUCACUCAUGGCUUGCUAGAUGUGUUCUCGUUCAUUGAAUGGCCAGAUUCAUUGCAGGUUGUGUCCAAAUAUUCAGGAAUUUUACAGAUGAAUUUGCUUCAGUUAGCACCGGUUCACUGCCUUAAUCACAAAUUACACGUGGAUGCCUUUGGAGAUUUGUUUGUGCUCUUGUCAAUGAAUGCCAUGGUUAUUGUUGGUUCGUGUGUGAUCUAUGGUUUUUGGUAUAUGAUGAUCUCAAGAAAACAGGGACUGGAGGAGAACGAAAGGGCAAGCAAAAUUUCACAAGGGAAAUUUCUUCUUUACAGAAACGCUUUUUUCUUCCUGUACGUGACAUACCUAAGCACCUGUUCGAGGACAGCCAGUGUUAUGCCGUUCGCUUGCCAGAAACUCUGCAAAGAUAAAAGAGAAGAGCUAUGUGACGAGUACCUUAAAGUAGAUUACAGCAUAAAAUGCCAAGGAGCAAAUUACAAUCAUCUUGUGAUCGUAGCUUAUGUUUCAGCUGCAUACAUCAUUGCUUUACCUGCUCUUUCUCUCGUCGCACUUUGGAGGCAUCGGCGAACAAUCAUAACCAAGAAAGACAGUGAUAAUGGCUCUGAUCCAGAAGUUGUUGACGGAUUGCGAUUUCUCUUCGAAAAUUACAAACCUUGUUCUUGGUACUGGGAACUGAUUGAAAUGUCUCGCAAAUUCAUUCUUACGUGCGGCCUCAUUCUCGUGGGUCAAGAAAGCAGAUCCUUCAUUGGAUUGGCCUGGGUUGUUGCCGGUAUGUAUGCAGUGCUUUUCUGCUGGAUCAAACCCAUGCAAGACACUUUUGAGAACAGACUGAUGUCCACUUCUCUUGCCGUUACACUUGUAAAUCUGGGUAUCGGUGCUGUGAGCAGAAUUCCGACUGAGAACAUAUUAAACAUGGCGGACCAUCACAAGGACGCUUUGGCAAUGAAAAUACUGAUUAUUGGAGCGAAUACGUUGGUGAUUGGCCUCCUUGUUGGUAAGAUAAACAUCAAUUUCAUGGAAAGAAACUCAACUGCAACUUUUAUAUGUUGCUUUGUGUUGUCCGAAAUAUUAACCACAGUAGUGUCAUAUCAUUCACAUUAAAGGUAGCCUUAUCGUAUCUCCAAUUUAUUUGAACAGCAACUAACCAUUGAAAUAAAACGCACAAUAAGAGUUUGGUAUUUCUAUAGAGCUCAAUUUAUUUGGUUUAAAAUUGAAACUACGUUACAGGCUUCUAUGGUUUGUAAUUCCACACCUUAUAAGAUUUUUACAGUUAAACAGAGAAAGUUUAAUUCUCUGAUCAAUCAUUUUCUUCCUAGUUCAGUACUUGGCAUACUUACAUCAGGUCUUCAAAGAGUGGCGCAAAAAUCCAAAAUGGUCCUUUUCUUGUUGCCUGGCCUUGCUUCUUCCACUUAAUGACCUACAAGGCGAGAUACGUGGGAUGGUUGGCAAAAACAUUCUUAAAACACAACUUCAGUCAGGGAUCAUUGGGAAGCCCUCCAUUGCGGCCAGUGCAAAAGAUACUGGAGCAUUGAGUUUUUCUCCAAGCCAUGAAGACAGGGAAAGACAAGAAAGAAGUUCAGUAAAAUCCAGAGUGACUAGAUGCAGCAAUACUAAAUGUGACCGUGGGACUCAAACAGAAAUAAUCGCACCGGCAUCUGCCGCUAGCGCUGAACAUGCACAAGUAUCAUGGAAAGCGUGCCGGCAGAUAACCAUGUGAGUACAUGGCUAGUAAUUCCUGUUUUCGUUUGUUUGUUUGUUUUUGCGUUCUGGGUGAUGUUGUUUCAGAGACAAAGUCCACUAAACUGGUCUAGUAAAUCUCUUGAGAAGCGUCCCUGCUAAAGAAAGACAUUUGAAUAAGAUUCUCCGCGACAUGGCUCUACAAAAAAAGGUCAUCCUACCAAAGCUGAUAUGGGUGGUGCAAAGUCGUCUCCCCUACUCUUAGCAUUGACCUACAUGUUAUAAUAAUGACGGUUUGAAGUAAAUAUGCAACGUAUGCAACUUUUUCCAGACUAUAGGCCGACUGACUUCUUUAUUUCGUUCGUGAAAGAGAGGUACAAAAGUGAAUUUUUUUUUUACACUUGUACAUCUUUAGGAUCUGCCAACCUGUAUUCUUGGUUAGUCGUAGACAUACGAUAUGUUGGAGAUCCUUCAUUUGAUUCAUAGGAGAAAAUAUAAUGGACUCUCUAAUUUGUGACAUAGAUUCUAUUGCUAGACAUUUUCAAGGCUUGUCUUUCUUUUGGGAGGCAUUGAGAAUGAGCCCCUACGUACGCUGGCCAGUUACCGUGCAUUUUUCUUCGUUGUUUUUGUCACAUAUGCUACAACCUAAAUGCACUUUAAUUACUUUAUAUGUUUUUGUAAAAGAGACACAAGGAUCCAAUCGCUCUGACAAAUGGCUAACGCUCGAAACGUCAGCCUUUAAACUCUUUACAGUGGCCAAUUUACGUUUUCAACUCAGUUGAUAACACUUACUCACCCUUUGAAAAAUUGCUCCUGUUUUCAGGACUCGGUACUCUGUCCAUCACACACCACUUGCUGAAGCAGAGGAAGCCACUUCAAAAGACGAAAAGACCGACAGGAAUAAUGGAGAAUAA